AUGGUCUGGGAUGGAGGAAUUGAGCCCAAUGGCACAGAGGGAAAGAACUUCUACAUCCCCAUGUCCAACAGGACCGGGAUUGUUAGAAAUCCUUUUGAAUAUCCACAGUACUACAUGGUGGAUCCAAUAAUCUACAAGCUGCUGGCUUGCUACAUGUUCUUCCUGAUCUGCACUGGAACUCCCAUCAACGGUCUGACAUUGCUGGUAACCUUUCAGAACAAGAAGCUCCAGCAGCCUCUCAACUACAUCCUGGUGAACCUGGCGGUGGCCGGACUCAUCAUGUGCGCUUUCGGAUUCACCAUCACCAUUACAUCUGCCGUCAACGGAUACUUCAUUCUUGGACCAACUUUCUGUGCCAUUGAGGGGUUCAUGGCCACGCUGGGAGGUAUGAAAAUGAAAUUGGGUUUUAAUGCUUUGGGUAGUUCCAUUUUUUAAAUUCCCCGAACACCCUGACCCCUAACACAGAGCAGCUACAAAAGGAAAGAAAAUUGAGAAUCACAAAAACAAAUAUAUAACGGGCUUACUCAUUUAACAGUCAACAACCUAAAGAUAAGUUCUAGAGCGUUUAAGUAAGAUGCCUCUUCUCUCUGCAGGUGAAGCUGCUCUCUGGUCACUGGUCGUCCUUGCUGUUGAGAGAUACAUCGUCGUCUGCAAGCCCAUGGGAAGCUUCAAGUUCAGUGGUGCACAUGCAGGGGCUGGAGUUCUUUUCACUUGGAUCAUGGCCUUCUCAUGCGCUGGACCUCCACUGUUUGGCUGGUCCAGGUGAUUGCCUUUUAUCAUUUAAUUUGAAGAGAUUUCAGUGUAGAUCCAGUCAGUUUAGAGAAAACACAUAAUCAAAGCCAUACGGUUGGUGGAUAUUGCAAGCCGGGUGAAAAGCCUAUUGAUUUUCUACUACUUAUCUCGCCUCUUCGCACAGGUACCUCCCUGAGGGCAUGCAGUGCUCCUGUGGACCUGACUACUACACUCUGGCUCCAGGCUUCAACAAUGAAUCAUAUGUCAUCUACAUGUUCGUGGUUCACUUCUUCAUCCCUGUGGGUGUCAUUUUCUUCACAUAUGGAAGCCUUGUCCUGACUGUCAAAGCUGUAAGUAAAGCUCAUCAGAUGUUUAACUUAUUGCUUUAGGGAUUUUAUUAAAGCUGUGCAAAACUGCGGAGCAAUUCUCACAGAGUUUUUUGGUAUGAACCUCUGUAGGCUGCAGCUCAGCAGCAGGAGUCAGAAUCCACACAGAAAGCUGAGAGGGAGGUCACCAGAAUGUGCGUCCUGAUGGUCCUUGGCUUCUUGGUAGCUUGGACUCCAUAUGCUACUUUCAGCGGCUGGAUCUUCCUCAACAAGGGAGCUGCCUUCACUGCUCUGACAGCAGCCAUCCCUGCCUUCUUUGCCAAGAGUUCAGCAUUGUACAACCCUGUCAUCUAUGUGCUGUUCAACAAACAGGUCAGUUUUUAGUCACUAUCUUGCCUUCUUUUUAGUGUUUGAAUCCACAGCUAUGCACUUUUCCAAUCUCAUCACCUCAUCUCUGUCUGUUUCAGUUCCGUAACUGCAUGCUGAGCACUAUUGGAAUGGGCGGCAUGGUGGAGGACGAGACCUCAGUUUCCACAAGCAAAACAGAAGUGUCUACUGCCUCUUAAACACAGAGACAUUUUCUUACACAUGGACAUUCCCCUUUCUACUAUCUGCUACGUUCAACUUUUUGAUCUGGAAUAACCCUCAGUGUGGAUCGAGUGGAGUUCAGACGUCCCUGAAGGAACUCAUCUUUUGCGUAAAGGAUGCUGAAAAUUAUCAUGUUGGCCUGAAUACAUUAUCAAUGCAAAAGAUGAUGUAGAGGCCCUGUUGCCCUAGAUGUCUCAAUUAUUUGGAAAAAAAUUGAAUGUACAAAAACAUCCUUGAACAACAUCUGUUAUAUGCCCCAUUGUUUCCUUUUUGUUAUG